CCCGACCCCGCACUCUUCCAGCCGAGACCCGAUACAAUCUUUAAACCUUACUGUGAAGAGGCUGGGGACUAGGUAGCCACAUCCCAUUUGCUGAUAAGAAAGGAGGCCUAAUGCAAUAUCUGCAGAGCCAGGUGGCUGACUCAGUCCCUGUGUCUUUUAUGCACACAAUAGCACUUACAAAUAAUACAGCUUACUUACUGUGCACCCGACUUUGCACCAAGCAUCUUGUGCACAUGAGCUCCUUUAAUCCUCACAGCCAUCUUAUGAGACUCUGGAAAGCACAACAGUAAUGGAGUACAUGAGCACUGGAAGUGACAAUAAAGAAGAAAUUGAUUUAUUAAUUAAACAUUUGAAUGUCUCUGAUGUAAUAGACAUUAUGGAAAAUCUUUACGCAAGUGAAGAGCCAGCGGUUUACAAACCCAGUGUAAUGACCAUGUGUCAAGACAGCAAUCAAAAUGAGGAGCGUUCAGAGUCCCUGCUGCUCAGUGGCCAAGAUGUGCCUUGGUUGUCAUCAGUCAGAUAUGGAACUGUGGAGGAUUUGCUUGCUUUUGCAAACCAUAUAUCCAAUACUGCAAAGCGUUUUUAUGGACACCGACGACAAGAAUCUGGAAUUUUAUUAAAUAUGGUAAUCACUCCCCAAAAUGGACGCUAUCAAAUAGACUCUGAUGUUCUCCUCAUCCCCUGGAAGCUGACUUACAGGAAUAUUGGCUCCGAUUUCAUUCCUCGGGGGGCCUUUGGAAAAGUGUACUUAGCACAAGAUAUAAAAACUAAAAAAAGAAUGGCAUGUAAACUGAUCCCAGUAGAUCAAUUUAAGCCAUCUGAUGUGGAAAUCCAGGCUUGCUUCCGACAUGAGAACAUUGCUGAGUUAUAUGGCGCAGUCCUAUGGGGUGAAACUGUCCAUCUCUUCAUGGAAGCAGGCGAGGGAGGGUCUGUUCUGGAGAAACUGGAGAGCUGUGGACCAAUGAGAGAAUUUGAAAUUAUUUGGGUGACAAAGCAUGUUCUCAAGGGACUUGAUUUUCUACACUCAAAGAAAGUGAUUCAUCAUGAUAUUAAACCUAGCAACAUUGUUUUCAUGUCCACAAAAGCCGUUUUGGUAGAUUUUGGCCUAAGUGUUCAAAUGACUGAAGACAUCUACUUUCCUAAGGACCUCCGUGGAACAGAGAUUUACAUGAGCCCAGAGGUGAUCCUGUGCAGGGGCCAUUCAACCAAAGCCGACAUCUAUAGCCUGGGGACCACGCUUAUCCACAUGCAGACGGGCACCCCGCCCUGGGUGAAGCGCUACCCUCGCUCAGCUUAUCCUUCCUACCUGUACAUAAUCCACAAACAGGCCCCUCCAUUAGAGGAUAUUGCGGAUGACUGCAGUCCCGGCAUGAGAGAGCUGAUAGAAGCUGCCCUGGAGAGGAACCCAAAUCACCGCCCCAGGGCAGCAGACCUACUAAAACAUGAGGCCCUGAACCCUCCCAGAGAGGACCAGCCGCGCUGUCGGAGCCUGGAUUCGGCCCUCUUUGAGCGGAAGAGGCUGCUGAGUAGGAAGGAGUUGGAACUUCCUGAGAACAUUGCAGAUUCUUCAUGCACAGGAAGCACUGAAGAAUCUGAGAUGCUAAAGAGACAACGUUCUCUCUACAUAGACCUUGGAGCCCUGGCCGGGUAUUUCAACCUUGUCCGGGGUCCACCAACGUUAGAGUACGGCUGAUUGUUGUUUGCUCUAAAUUAAUACUCAGCUUUUGUCUCCUGGAAGCUAGCUCUGCCGAUUCUACACAGGGGCUCUGUCUAGUGAAUUGUGCAUUUAUUAGCUGGCAUUGUGGGCUCCCAGAACUGAUGAAUGUGACUCCACAUGGCUCCUGUGUGUUUUAUUUGUGGAGCUGCCCUGUCCACCAGGUCUGAAAGUUCUCAUUUUUCAGGUGGGGCAACUGAAGGGGAGGAAUUAAGUGUUCCUAGAAGGAUCAUUUCUGGUGACUGAUUUCAUUCACUGUGCACUUUGCUCAAAAUUGUAAAAAUAUACCAAUUAUAAGAAUAAUGUAUUAGCCUAAAAUUACUAUUCUUGGUUCUAAAUUAAGUCUGGGAACUUCAUUUAACUCAGAAUAGUUGUUUUGUAUAUAUUAGUGUAUAUUAUACGCCAACUCUUUGGGCCUUUCUCAGUAGAUUCUAGUUUAAAUUAAAGUCAUUAUAUUUUGGGUGAAUAGAGCAACUUGAAUAUUGUAGCAAUAAGCUGAACUAGUGUCUUGCAAAUGGCUACCUGAUUAGUGAGAAGCCAUCUGACAGCAGGCCACUAGUGAUGGGUUCUGUUAUGUUCCUAUGGAAACAUUUUGUACUGUACAUGCUAUGCUUAAAACAUUUAAAACAUGAUGUUUUGAAUGUGGACAAAACUGUGUAAACCACAUAAUUUCUGUACAUCCCAACGGAUGAGAAUGUGACCUUAUGAAAACUGGAAACUUGUCAAUUCUUACUGAUGCUACUUUUGUAACUCUUAUGACUCGAUUUUCUUUUAAGCAUUUGUAUAUUAAAAUAGCAUACUAUGUAUGUUUUAUAUCAAAUGCCUUCAUGAGUCUUUCAUAUAUAUAUUUUUAACAUUGUAAAAUAUGUGACUAUAUCUACUUAAUGUUUUUACAUCAUGCAAAUGAAACUGACACUUUUAUCCAAUAUGAUUGGUCAAAUCAACUGAAUAAAUUCAAUAUUUUGCCUUAA